UAGCUUUUAGACUGAACCUCCUCAGCUUCAGUCAGAAACUGUCAUCAUGGAGGAAACGCAGACGACUGGAGCUGAGUGAAGAGGAAAAAACGCUGCAAGCCCACACCUUUGUUUCGCCUGUUAUUAAUUUGAAAUUGGUCAUCACUCCACAGACACAGCAUCGGAGACACCUGAGGGGUGACAGCGGACAACAUGAAGCAUUUUCUGAGAGUGGUGACCCAGUUCUUUGUGUUCCUCUACUGUAAAUGUCUCUGGCGGGGCCUGAAGUUUGUCGCCAGAAAGUUCACAGGGCGCUGUGAACUGCAGCGAAUCUGCUACAACAACAAGCAUGGAGCCCGCAGGACCCUCAAGAUAGAGGCAUCUCUGAGGUACUCCAAGAAUGAGCUGCUGCAGUCUGCCCUCAGCGUCCAUCCUGAUAAAGUGGAUAAAACCAUUGACGACAUCAUGGCCUUGAAGAAGAUUAACCCUGACACCAACCCACAGCUGGGCAUCUCUCUUCAGGCCAGCCUGCUGCAGAUUGUGGGCUACAGGAGCCUGGUGGCGGAAGUGGAGAAGCUGCGCAGGGAGCCUUAUGACUGUGAAAACGCCGAGCACGAGGACAUGCUGAUGAAGCUAUGGAAGGAGCUGCGUCCUGACACACCUCUCACCGGACGCAUCUCUAAACAGUGGUGUGAGAUUGGUUUCCAAGGCAGCGAUCCCAAGACUGAUUUCAGAGGGAUGGGCCUACUUGGCCUGCACAACCUGCUGUAUUUUGCAGAACAUGACAAGGCUACUGCUCUCCAGAUGCUCCACGACUCCCUGCAACCAAAGCACAAUGAGAUAAACAAGCCUGAAUGGGAACAGAAGAACCUAGACAAAGCUAUUGGCUACUCUUUUGCCAUUGUGGGCAUCAACAUCACAGACCUGGCCUACUCUCUGCUGGUGAGUGGAGCCCUGAAGACUCACCUGUACAACGUGGCCCCAGAGAUGCCCAGCCUGCUGCACUUCCAGCAGACCUUCUGUUACUUAAUGCAGGAGUUUCACCGUUUCUGGAUCGAGGAGGAUCCUAGCGACAUCAUGGAGUUCAACCGGGUCCGCUCCAAGUUCCACCGGAGGAUCCUGCGACAGCUAAAGAACCCAGACAUGGCUCUGUGCCCCCACUUCUCUGCCUCCAACCUCCACCUGGUCAACCUCUAAACACACACACCCCUGACCUGUGACCCCCCGCCCCGCCCUCACUGAAACCCUCUUAUUCCCACAGAGGUCUCCCCUGGAUGUCUGGUCAACUAAAAAUCAGAAAUCAGAAAUCCCUUUACCCUCACAUAUAUGGUUCCUCAAACUGCUGGAGACAUCUGGGGAGACUCUCUUCCUUCUACGCUCAGCCCACCUUGUCCCAGCUAACAUCAUGUCACAUCACUGCCAAAAGCUCACUCAGCCACUGCACACACACAAACACAUCUACACACACACUGCCUCUACGCCCUCACUGCAGCGUUAGACCACCAGCAUCAGAGAUGACCAUAGCGAUUGUAGCUGUGUAUGAGGAGGCUGCACCACACCAUCACCGACUCAUCAUUAUCUGUUGCUUUAAUGAUUCAUGAUGAUUGUAUCACAGCCGUUACACCUCAGUUAUGAACCCUGUGCUUAUUCUCAUAAGAAACCAAAUUUACUUUCUCAGCCAAAAAUCCCUUUUAGAUUGCAAAGUAGUGAUAAUCAGUUCUGAAUAUUUUGGCAAUUAGCUGGUCGAGCUUUCAGACAACUCAAAUCUGUCAAAACAAUAUUUUGUAUUAUAUAACUAUAGAUAUAUAAUGUAGGUUUAAAAGAUUUAUUGAAGCAUAAAAGAAAUGUUGCUGGCACUGAUUCAAUCAAAAUAAAUCAGUCUAUACUGUAUAAGGCCAGUCCAUCUCUUACUGUAACUUUGUCUGUAUUAGGUCAUUGAUAUAGAUUGUAUUGUACUUUUUAUGUCAACAUGACAUUUACACCUAAGACUUCUCCUUGCCAAAAUAUCGAAUGUGGAGAACUUUCAAUCACAGCAGUAGUUUGCUUCUUGUGAGCUCAAAUGUAAGUUUUGUAAACCUGCGAAAUGAUGUUCAUAAAUAUAAGAUACACAUUUUGAAUGUGUAGCAUUAUCCAACACUGUUUUUCAUUUUUGGAUACUAAAAGAGCUCCUUCUCUUGCAAUUUUGAAAACUGUUUUAUUUCCUCAGACGUAUUUACAUCCAGAAAAAUAUUUUAUGAACAUUUUAAACAGGUUUGCAAAGUUUUUGCCUUUGAUUUGACCCCAUGCAAUGAUUCUGUUAUGAAUGUUCCUCACAUGCUCACAUUCACGAUUGUUUGAUUCUCUUUUAAUUCACUGAAUGUGACACUGUGUCCACUGUUGUAUCAGCCAAAGCAAUAAUUUACAUUCAUUUCACUGCACAUUUCUUUAAGUGUAUUGAUUUGCACCAUGUGUGCCUAAGUAUUUCUUUUAUUUUCUAACUCAGAGCUGAAAUGCUAAUCAGUGCAUAGCUGCUACAUGUAGCCUUUAAUAGAGGUUAAAUAUUACCACUUUAAUUUUUAGACAUUAGUAAGUACUGUAAACAAACGGCCCUAUAAGCCUGCCGGUUGCUCCGUUGCAUUUUAAAAUGUCUUUUAAUGAAGCCAAAGACACCGUGGACAGGGACAUGUGAAAGGAAGCAAUGGGUUUUAUGGGAAAUGUAGUGCAUGAAUGUGGUCUUACCUAAAAAUGCUACACAUAGCAGCUAUAAGAAGCAUCUCUUAUUAUCACUUCCAAACGCAACAACCAGAGAAAUACAUUUAAAUGUAGAACUGCUCUAUAGAUAAUGAAAGAGGUGAUUCUUACUAAUACAGUAGACAGUUGACAGGCAAAAUGUGAAAUGCUAAAGAUUGAGGCGUUGACCAGCCAGUCAACGCACCAGCUACAGAGCUGUCACUGUCACACUUACCAAUCACACAAGAACAAGAGCUCCAUACUGUACAAAUGGUCUUUGAGAAAUUACUUUUUAUUAAUAUGGUAUUCUUACAUGUCACUAUCAGCUCCCUACUGUCGAAAGCAUGCUGACACCAGUCAUGACAAAAGAGUGACCCCCCCCCAUUUUAGAGGUAAAAUGGAUGUGUUUUUCACUAGAUAAAAGAAAAGAUUAGAGGGAAAUCUGAUACAGUUUACAUGUUUUUUCCUGCUUUCCUGUCUUGUAAAUCAUCUUGUGAACCCUUAGAUUUGUCCCGACCCCCCAGUUGGGAACCACUGCAGUAGAUGACCCUCCAUUCAAAAAGACAGGAGAAACAUCCAAUUCUGUCUAUUGUCUAUGGAGCAUCAGUUUGAUUAUUAUCUCAGCUCUGAGUCAUACUUUUAGUUUUCAACAAACAAAUCAACAAAAGCCCAAAUCCGACACACCUGUGUGCUUCUUCACAUCAGUGUUGCUUCACUUGAAAACAUGACCACUGUAUUUAACAUUCACGAGCAUUCACAUCGUGCGUGAUGCUGACAGCUCUGACAAAUGUACAAUAUUAUUUUACUGCCAUGCUUGCACUGUUGAUUGUGUUUUAAUAGUAUUGAAUAUAUUUGUCCCAUUGAAGUGAACGUUAAUGCUUUUUGUCAGUAUUAUGCAGCUAUUUACUUCAGUGAAUGUCUGUGCUGGUUUCAUCUCCUGCUUGCAAUUUGUUUUGCUUUGCUAUGGUCAGCUUUGCACUAUUGUAAAAAUAAAAAUACAGUUUCCUAUAUGAUAAUAAAUCAGUCAUUUGUGGUAUUAGGAGAUAAAGGGCCAAUGUGUCCGAUAAUACUGUAGAUGAAGUUAAAUACAUGCUGCUGUAUAUUCUGCUUUGAAACUGCCUAAAAGAAAACACAAUCUGCAUGACGAUAUUUUCACUAUUACUUAUAUGGCAUUCUGUAUUCUUCCUAGAGUACUUCUAGAUAUUGUAAUAGCGUGCUUCAUUUGUCUGUGCUGUACUUUUUGAGACCACAAUAAAAACUGUCAGCUAAAA